AUGAACACACCGCCAAUCUCCUCCGAGGCAGCUAUCAUUGCCAGCAUUGAAAGGCGCCGCUACAACAUCAUGUCGGCAAUCCAAAGCUCAUUCGGCCUCAGCAAAGACCGCGUUAUAUACAUCAUUACCAAGGUCAUUAUGCCCGAGACCUUUGAUGCGUGUUGUAACUGGAUCAGAGUCAAGAGAAGCUGCGGAGGCGGGUGCAAGUCCGAACUCACCAUCGACCUUAUCACCAACCCAUUGACGAUGUUCGACUGGUGGGUUAAUUACAACCUCUGGGCGCAUUUCUUUUGCGAGUAUAUCCACCAGCCGCAGUUCGGAGAGCUUGAGAACAUGGCACCUCAGUAUCGAAGCUUUCUCGACACAAACGAGUUACGUACGCUGGAGGGUGAAAAUGCCAAGGAUAAAAAGGUAGGAUGGGGUAUCGAAUUAUCGUCGCCCGAGAAGCAUGAUUUAUACGAGUCGGCAGUGGAGGAUCGGAUCUCAUGUUCGGGACGGUAG